AUGUCUCAAGUGCAGGCUGCCAUCCCGCCACAGCCCCGUGCGAAGCAGUUGCGCGCAUGUCUCCUCUGCUCGAUCAUCCAGACACCAGCCGACUUCCGUAAAUAUGGCUGUCCGAACUGCGAGGAGAUCAUGGGGAUGAAAGGAUUCGCUGACCGUAUCCAAACAUGCACAACAACACACUUCGACGGCGUAAUUGCAGUCAUUGACCCAGAGAGGAGUUGGGUUGCGACAUGGCAGAGAAUCAAAACGUACGCCCGCGGGAUGUACGCCGUCCGCGUAAAAGGCCGCGUGCCUGAAGAUGUCGAGGUAGAGCUAGAAUCCCGGGGCAUUCGGUAUCGCCCUCGAGAUCAGUCAGAACAAGAUUGA